AUGGAGUUGGGUGUGGAGGCUCUUGAAGUGGGAGAAAAGAGCAAAACCAGAGAGAUAUGUAGGCGCUCCAAAAGGAAAAAGCUGAAAUUAAAUUGUUAUCUGACUUAUCUCUUCUCCUCCGCUCUCAAUCUAUUAGGAAAUAAUGGAAUAUCAAACAAAUUAAACAAAACUCCAGCAAAUCAUCCCACAAUUAUUGAAGGAAGGAAAAGCGUGAGAACACAGAAAAACAAAGACCUUUAUGCUAGAACACAGAAGUUAGCUGAAAAACAUGGAUGCUCCCCUGCACAACUCGCGCUUGCCUGGGUUCUUACUCAAGGAGAUGAUGUUGUACCUAUUCCUGGCACAACUAAGUUAAAGAAUCUGGAUGAUAAUAUUGGUUCCGUGGGAGUGAAACUUACUAAAGCAGAUAUGAAAGAGAUUUCUGAUAAGAUUUCUAUCAAUGCAGUGGCUGGGAAAAAUGCACCCGAUGCCUUUUUUCGCUGCUCAUGGAAGUUUGGAAAUACACCACCAGCAAAAGAUGGCAAAAUACCAUCUUCUAUGUUUGGAUGA